UGAUUUGUCCUGUGGAGGGAGACACUGACUGACUCAAUCAUCAAAUCAGGAUGUUUGUUCUCAUCUGGGCGACUCUGCUCUUCUCUGUCAGAGAAACAUGUGCAUCAGUGGGGGAAACAGAAUUCUGUGAUAAAGGAUUCUGUUUCACUCUUAGUGAAGGAGAAAUAAGAGCAGAGGCUGGACUCUGUUGUGAUACCCUGUUCUUUCACCACCAGUUAUUACUUUACACCCCAACAUCUAGUUUGGUACAAAUAUGAACCAUCCAAACCAAACUGUGGUGAUUCAGACAUCAUAUUCCACACUAACAAGAACAACAACAAAACUCAGUCUGGGUUCAAAGGACGAGUGUCACUGUUGGAGCCUGAUGUGAGUCGGAGGAACUGCAGCAUCAUCGUCAAUGACCUCACUGAGUCAGACUCUGGAUCAUAUCAGCUCAGAGUUAAUGGUUUACUGUAUUGGAAUACAGAUGGAUUUACAUUCUCUCCAAGAACAACUGUCUCUGUUAAAGAUCUGACCCAGAAGCCCACAGUGAUGAUUCCUCCUCUGACAGAGGGACAGCAGAGCACACUGAGCUGCAUUGCUCCUGGUCUCUGCUCUGGAUCUGUUCCUGAAAUCAGCUGGACGUGGAGAGGAGCAGGAGAGAAGGACUCUCACAUCACAGGAAACAUCACUGCUUUCAGGACUGAGAAUCUGACUGCUGUCACUCAGAGACACAGCUCAACCCUGACCUUUAACUCUUCAGCUGAACACCACGGCACCAAUGUCAGCUGUAAGGUCAGCUUCACCAACAACAUCACUACAGAGGAGACUGUCACUCUGAAUGUGGCCUAUGUAAAGGAAGUUACAGUCACUGGGAAGACAAGUGUGAAGGAGGGUGAGACUCUGAUUCCGAGCUGCAGUGUUGAAAGUUUCCCUCCAUCUCUCAUCAAGUGGUAUACAUCUUCUGACAGAAACAUGCAAAACGGAACAGAAACAAAUCUGCAAAAACGACAUUUUAACUGACCUGCAGAAAGAAACUGAGACCUUCCUGCAGGAAAACAAUAAAAUGGAGACUUUGGUCAUCUCUAACAUGACAACUACAAAUUCUGGAACGUACUUCUGCAUUGCAAAUCAUCUGAACAACACCCUGGUGAAAAAAGUUGAUGUAACAGUGAUAUAUAAGAGGAGAUGUGUAAUCACUGGGGACACAACUGUUAAGGAGGGAGAUGCUCUGAAUCUGACCUGCAGUGUUGAAAGUUUCCCUCCGUCUCACAUCACAUGGACUGUACUGGGUUCCAACACAAACCUACACAUUGGACCUGAUACUCACUUGCAGAACAACACUGGCUCAGCCACACUCGUCAUCCCUAACGUGACGGCGGAACAUUCUGGACAGUACAUCUGUACAGCACAACACCUGAACACAACUGUGGCUACAUUUGCUGACGUAACUGUGACUUGUAAGUAGAUUCUACUAAUCUUUCUGAAACUAAAAUGUACGUUCACAUUCCUUUACCCACUAUCACAUGGCCGCUGUUGAAGAACCAUGCUGAGUACUCUGUCAUCACCGCGGUGUCACACCACACAGUCAACAGCACCGUCACCCUAACUGUAAAAGACCACAGCAACACUUCUGUUGAGUGUGUCAGCAGCAAUCAAAAUGGAGAAGUAAAAGCAAACCUCAUCAUCCAAUUAGAGAUGUCAGAACAACCGGCUAAAUCCAAAGAGGUAUUAAACAUUGUUUCAUGGCUGGAGGUCAUCAUUGCCUUUUUGAUUGGGGUAUUUCUUUCAACGGUCCUUUGCUGUUUGGCAAAAAAAUGCCACAGAAAAACACAAAAGAGCUUUGGAAAUCUGGAUGAGACUCUGGAGAUGGUGACCAGUCAAGAGGAUCCACUGAUAGCUGCUGGUCAAGCAGUGGAAGAUGAUCAGACCUACUACCAAGAGGCAUCUGAAGGAGAAGAAGAAGCUGUGGCAGAAGAGCAAGCAGCCCCUGAUCUCAAUGGUGGACCACAAGAUGUGGAGUACGCCAGCAUUGAUUUCUCCUUGUUGAAAACAAAGAAUCCCAGGACGGCAGCAAAGAACCAAGAGAGCACGGAGACAGAGUACGCUGAAAUUAAGAAAGAAGUAAAAGAGGAAAUAGAAGACAAUGGCGGAGAGGAAGGCGAUGUGUUGGAAGGCAAAGAUGAAGAUCCAACGAUUGGGGAUGAUGAGGAGAUAGAACAGUUUGUUCCUGAAGAGGAGGAAGGGGAGGACAUGGCUGUGUACUCCAAUGUGAAGGAUAUUAUGGGUGAGAUUUGAAGACACUUGCAUCAAGUCUCUUUGCUCUCAUCAGUUGUGAUGGAUUGAUCUAAUGGACUGAUGAUGGAUUGUUAUUGCGACAAAUCAAGGUCCUGUAAGCGGUUUCUACCACAGAGGUGUGAUAUUCAAACGCCAAAUUCAGCUGGUGGUAACCGGAAGUGACCAAGACACUUCACUCCUCUACCUGUUAGGGGCUGUGCAAAUUCAUUCAUUCACCAGUCACCAGUCACCAGUCACCAGGCUUGGAUGUGUUUUUAAGUGAAAUGUCUAAGCAACUAUUGGAUGGAUUGCCUUGACAUGUGUGUGGCUGUAGUCUCUUAGUCUUGUUUCAUUUCCAUUGAGAGUGUCUGCAGCAAAGAAACUCAAAGGAUAUAUUGAGAUUUGUUCAAGUCUAUCUCAAUACAGUACUCACAUGCACAUAUGUAUAUUGAAAGAGUUAGAUCCCUUCAUGAAGCAAUUCCAAUGUGAAAGGACAUCUACAGCCCAAAAUGCAUUCCAAAUAUCAACCAUCGCUAAUUUGAGGCUUUAGUAGAACUGAGUUACACAAAUAAAGUGUGUGUCUUCUUAAUUGCAGACAUUUUGAUCUACAUAUGGGGAUGUUAGUAUUGUUCCAAGACAGACUCAAAAAAAUAUGGUCUCCUUAAAGCUGGGGUGAUGUGCAUAUUUUUAUGUAAAAUCUUGUUUGUUAAAUUACAAAUUACAGGUCGGAAUGCCAUCUUUAGUUUUUUAUUUGAUCUGCUUUUUUAAACCGAUAAAACGCUUGGCGUAAAAACGCUUCUUGUUAAAAAAGUAAUAGAUUACUUCCCUUUUUUAAUGUGUUACAGGAAUUAACUUGACUCACAGUACUAAGAAUGAGCGUUAUCUGGCACAUCUUUUUAACCGGAAGCCCACUUGCUUAUAUUUAGGAUGAAAUCACUGAAUUGUCAGUUAGAACAAAACCUUUCAUACUUUUAGUACACAUUGCAAUGUUUUCAUGUUCUAUAUUAAGUGUUCAAUAUGCAGGCAUACAGUAACUGAUAAGGACAAAAUUGUUGCCAGUUAUACUAUUGCACCUAAAGUGUCAACGGGAAGUUAUUAGAGAAUACAGUGAUGCCUUAUAAGGCUAUAUUUUAAUGAAUAAUGACUUCUGCUAAUCUUUUCUGAGAACACAAUUUAAAGAUGUUGCACAAAAAACCAUUAAACCAAA